AUGCAAGACUACCCACAAGGCCCCGGAAGGCCACCAUACUCUCCCCAACACCAACGCAGCCAUCCUCCCUCGCCAUCCAUGCAUCGAAACCCGAGUCCGACAGCUCAACGAUCUGCAUACUAUGAUCCUUUGUCCGACUCAAUACCUGGUCGCAACCAUGCGCCAGAGUCUGCAGACAGACAUCGCGAGAGCAACGGAUACCACUACGACACACCUGGACGUCCACGAGGUACCAGCCACUCUUCGCAUCCAGGCCCUCAGCUGGCUCCCUUGACCCCGAUGAAUGCUCCACUACCUCCUUCAUCACCAUCAUACCACUCUCGUCCUAGUGCUGCGCCCGCAGACACGCAAACACCAAACCCUCCAGCACGCUCCUCUAACCCCAUGUCGGUUUCCAACAUCCUUUCAGAUAGUGGCCCUUCAGAACCUCCGCCGCCUCCAGCUCCUACAGCAACUGCUCCUUCGAGAUCACCAGAAAGAGCGCGCGAGCCUGUCAAACCAUACCUUGCUCCUCAUCCCGUACCUGUACCUGAAGCCUACCCUGCACCCGCCGCUCCUGCAAUCGACUCCAGCAACAUCAAGCGUGAGCGUAAUGGCGACGUUCCUUCAGCGCCUGCACCGGCGACCAACUAUCCGACCGGUCCCCCAGGUUUGACCAUCGAAGCCACUGAAGAGGCAUACGCCGAGAUUGAAAGAGCCGACAUGAGCGAUGUGGACGCACCUGGAUUCGAAGGUCCUCAAGUCGCUUGGGUUCAAAGGUCUGCCAAGCGCAUGGUCGAGAUUGAACAAAAGGAAAUGGGCAAACGAAAGAAACGCAGACAAGCUUCCACCAAGAUGUAUCUCGAAAUCUUCGACGCAAACGCAAACCUAGCCAAGGAUCACUUUGUCGCCGCGCACGAAAAGCAAGCCGAAGAGGAGGUGCGUGUCAAGGAUGCCGAAGAUGAAAAGGAACGCAAGAAGGACAUGCAACGGAAGCGCCGGCGCGAAAGGACCCUAGCCAACGAAACGGCCAAACGCGACGAAGCCAUUGAAAAGCUCAAAGACCUCGACGAUGAUGAAGAAAAGAACCGCCUGCUCAAGGACGUCCAGAAAUAUGGUAAGAAGAUACGGAAUACCGAAGACCUCCUACACGGCCGCCUUCCUAGCAAAGCUCUCCUUGGAGACUCGCCCGGGCCUCCCGACCUCGAAGGAGGCUUCAUGUCGUCUUUCCAAGCUAAUGACGACCUUACAACAGACGCGAAAGCGAAGAAAGGCGCUAAAGGAUAUCGUCCCCGAAAGAGCAAGGCCCAGAAACAAGCCGAGAAGGACAGCGCCGCUCAAGCACAAGCCCUCAUGGACCGCGGCGAAGACAUGCCCCCGAUUACCCCGAGAGAAGAACUGCGACUCAGAAGCCUGCGGGGUACCUCUAGUGAUGGUAUGGAAGGCACUCCUAUGGAGGACAUCGAGCCGGGUGAGAAGACAUACGAACAACUCUAUCGUGAAGCUUGGAAGGACAUCUCAGUAGGCGCGUCCAAGAUUGCUCGCACCAGACUUCAGGCUCUUGAAGUCAAGCAAGGUAACAUGCGCAAGACGGCCCAGCUGGCUUCCAAGGAGGCCCGUCGUUGGCAGCUCCGUACCAACAAGAGCACCAAAGAUGUACAAGCUCGCGCAAAGCGUGCCAUGCGUGAGAUGCUGUCCUUCUGGAAGCGCAACGAGAGAGACGAACGUGAUCAACGCAAGAUGGCUGAGAAAGCAGAGCUGGAGAACGCCAAACGUGCCGAAGCCGAGCGCGAAGCAAACCGCCAGAAGAGAAAGCUGAACUUUUUGAUCUCUCAAACCGAGCUGUACUCACAUUUCAUUGGCAAGAAGGUCAAGACGGACGAAGUCGAAAACUCGACAAACGACACCUCCGUUGCAGAUCAGACCACGAGGCCUGGCCCAACCAAUGCCAACACGAUCGAUCUGCCCGACAGCGUUGCAGACCUCAGUACCAAGGUCACGAACUUCGAAGACCUCGACUUCGACGCAGAAGACGAAACUGCUUUGCGACAGGCUGCUAUGGCCAACGCUCAGAACGCAGUUCAGGAGGCACAAGACAGAGCACGCGCAUUCAACCAGGACCCCAAUGGAGAGAACAAGAUGUCACAAUUCGACGACGGCGAGAUGAACUUCCAAAACCCUACCAGUCUGCAAACCAUGGAUGUCUCGCAACCGAACAUGCUCACCUGUCAGCUCAAGGAGUACCAACUCAAGGGUCUCAACUGGCUGGUCAAUCUGUACGAGCAAGGCAUCAACGGUAUCCUGGCAGAUGAGAUGGGUCUUGGAAAGACUGUCCAGUCCAUCUCGGUCAUGGCAUACCUGGCCGAGGUCCACAACAUCUGGGGACCCUUCCUUGUUAUCGCUCCGGCUUCAACACUGCACAAUUGGCAACAAGAAAUCGCCAAGUUCGUACCUACUCUCAAAGUCUUGCCAUACUGGGGUAACGCAAAGGACCGAAAAGUUCUGCGAAAGUUCUGGGACCGCAAGCACAUCACAUACAAUCGCGAGUCCUCCUUCCACGUCUUGGUUACAUCGUACCAGCUUGUGGUGCAGGAUACGCCAUACUUCCAGAAAAUCCGCUGGCAGUACAUGAUUUUGGACGAAGCACAAGCCAUCAAGUCUUCUUCAAGUUCAAGAUGGAAGGCUUUGCUCGGCUUCCACUGCCGUAAUCGUCUGCUCUUGACCGGUACACCUAUCCAGAACAACAUGCAAGAAUUGUGGGCUUUGCUCCAUUUCAUCAUGCCGAGUUUGUUUGAUUCGCAUGAUGAGUUCAGUGACUGGUUCUCGAAGGAUAUCGAGAGUCACGCGCAGAGUAACACGAAGCUCAACGAGGAUCAGCUCAAGAGAUUGCACAUGAUCCUCAAGCCUUUCAUGUUGCGUCGUGUCAAGAAGCAUGUCCAGAAGGAACUUGGCGACAAGGUAGAGAAGGACGUCUACUGCGACCUUACAUACCGUCAACGAGCUCUGUACGCCAACCUGAGAAACAAGAUUAGUAUUCUUGAUCUCAUCGAGAAGGCGGCUGUUGGAGAUGAUCAGGACACUGCAACCUUGAUGAACCUUGUAAUGCAGUUCCGUAAAGUCUGUAACCACCCCGACUUGUUCGAGCGCGCAGACACCACGUCACCACUUGCUCUUUCGUAUUGGGCGGAGACAGCUUCCUUCAGCAGAGAAGGCAACUUUGUAAACCUGGCAUACUCGGUGCGCAGCAUGAUCGAAUACUGGCUUCCCAAACAGCUUGGCACCGAGGGCGGUCGAUUGGACUUGGCUGGACCCGACAACUUGCGUGCUGGCUGGAGAAACAAAUGGCUGAAAAACAUGAUGAGCAUCUGGGACUCCGACCACAUCAAGCAAAAUACCAAGAACGCUGACGCUUUCUCGUGGUUGCGCUUCGUAGAUCAGUCAGCAAGUGAGGUUUCCAGAGCAGCUCGUACUGGCAUUUUCGAUCGAGCAGUUGAGCUUGAGCGUCAAUCAAAACGCCGUACCUUCUUCCAGCAAGGCGACUAUCUGGAUGCCGAGGAGCGAUAUGUACCUGCGCACUCCAUGCUCAACGUGGUUCAACACUCUAAGCCAAACUUGCUUCCGGAUGUGUCAGGCGAUAGCUAUCUGAGCAAUCUGAUGAACGUCUCUCGCAUGGCUGUCAAGGAGACUGGCUACAGCGACAUUGAGCCAUGCUCUCUUCCAGCAGCAGCUGCACCUCCGAUCGAGUUGGUGUGCCCCAGCCAACAUUCAAUUGUAGAAAAGGAGACUACAUUCUUCAACACCUCCAUCCGAAGCACGCUCAACCCUAUCACAUUGGAGACCGAGCAAGCUUUACUGUCAAACAAGGUCGCACCGUCUGAUUACCCUAUCACCAACAUGUUGCCUGAGCCCAUCAACAAGAAGCAAGGAUACACCACCAUCGAGGUCCCGAGUAUGCGUCGCUUCGUCACAGACUCUGGCAAGCUGGCACAAUUGGACAAGCUUCUUAGAGAACUCAAGGAGGGCGGUCACCGUGUGCUACUCUACUUCCAGAUGACGCGUAUGAUUGAUUUGAUGGAGGAGUACCUCACAUACCGCAACUACAAAUACUGCCGUCUUGAUGGUUCGACAAAGCUGGAGGACCGUAGAGAUACAGUCGCAGCUUUCCAGUCGACACCCGAGAUCUUCGUCUUCCUUCUCAGUACCCGUGCUGGUGGUCUCGGUAUCAAUCUUACCUCCGCGGACACUGUCAUCUUCUAUGACAGUGAUUGGAACCCCACUAUCGAUUCGCAAGCCAUGGAUCGUGCUCAUCGUCUCGGACAGACAAGACAGGUCACAGUCUAUCGUCUCAUCACACGUGGCACUAUUGAAGAGCGUAUUCGCAAGCGUGCUUUGCAGAAGGAAGAAGUUCAACGUGUGGUCAUCACCGGUGGCGCUGGUGCUACUAGUGGCGACAAGGGUGUUGACUUCAACGGUCGCCCUACCAGAGAGAAUCGCACGAAGGAUAUCGCUCUGUGGUUGGCCGACGACGACCAAGCAGCUGAAAUCGAGCGCAAAGAGGCCGAAUUUGCCGAACAAGAGGCCAAAGAACCCAACAAGGCCAAGAAGAGAAAGGCUCCUACGAAGAAGAAGGAAAUCAGUAUGGACGACAUGUACCAUGAAGGCGAGGGCCAAUUCGACGACGAUCACAGUAACAAGCCAUCCGGAGCAGCUACACCAGUGCCUGCAGGGGACGGUCCUCCAUCGAAGAAAGCCAAGAAAAACACUGGCAAAAAGGCGAAGACUGUCAAGCAGCGUCUUGCGAUAGCCGACGGCGAAGUGGAUGGCGGUAUGGCUUCAUAA